AUGGGCUUGUUCUCCAAGACUACCCCUGAGGGGGACGUGACUGCUGUUGCUCCAGAGGUUGCCGAUGAAAAGGGCAGUGGACAGAACAAUCCCGUGGAAAAUUCCGACUUCAACGAUGACUUGGAGAAAGAUGCGCAAGGGGGUGUCCAGAAGAUCGAGGCUGCGGCCCAAGUAUGGACCAAGUGGCACAUGGUUGCUGCCUAUGUGAUUAUCUGGCUUGUUUACUUCGUUACAUCGAUCGAAGAGGUCGUUACCGGCGCUCUCAACCCCUUCGUCACCAGUUCUUUCCAACAACACUCCUUGACCGCGGCUACCGGUAUCAUGGCUAGUUUGUUCGGUGGACUGACAAAGCUUCCCUUGGCCAAGAUCCUCGACACUUGGGGUAGACCUCAGGGCUUGCUUCUCACUCUGUUCAUUUGGGUGAUUGGAUUUAUCAUGAUGGCUGCUUGUAACAACGUCGAGACAUAUGCUGCCGCUCAAGUCUUUUCAUCCAUUGGAGCCCAAGGCGUCAGCUACUGUAUCACCAUCUUCAUUGCCGACACAACCUCCCUCCUCAACCGAUCCCUGAUGCUUGCUUUUGCAACAUCUCCCUAUAUCGCGACAACCUUCGCCGGCGGACCAAUCUCGGAUAGUGUCAUCGCUGGAAUUGGCUGGCGAUGGGGCUUUGGAAUAUGGGCCAUUGUGACCCCGGUCGUCGUCGGACCCCUUGGGUUCCUCUUCAUCUGGAACCACGUCAAGGCUCGUAAGCAAGGGCUGCUGGAAUCGAAAUCUGGCCCACUUACUCUUGCUUCGAUGAAAAAAUACUGCAUUGAUGUCGAUCUCAUCGGCAUCCUCAUUCUCGCUACUGGAAUGGCCUUGUUUCUGCUUUCCUUUUCCAUCUACUCAUACCAGGCUGAGCAGUGGCGAGCGCCGAUUAUCAUUGCCUUCAUCAUCGUUGGUGCCCUUCUCAUCAUCGCGUUUGUCUUCUACGAGGCGUACCUGGCUCCUGUCAAAUUUGUGCCGGUGAACCUUCUCAUGGAUCGGACAGUAUUCUUCGCAGGACUCAUGUUCCUUUUUGUCUUCGCCAACUCGGCCAUCUGGGGCGGCUAUUUCAGUUCUAUGCUGCUGGUUGUCUGGAAUACUGGUAUUACCAAAGCCACUUACAUUGGAAACAUUUACCGCGUCGGCUCUUGUUUCGCGGCUCUCGUUCUUGGUUACUUCAUCCGCUUGUCUGGGAGGUUCAAGUGGUCCGCAACUUUGUAUGCCCUUCCUCUCAUGCUCCUAGGAGUCGGUCUCAUGAUCCAUUUUCGACAGCCUGACCAGAGCAUUGGCUACGUUAUCAUGACACAAAUCUUCGUUGCCUUUGCUGGUGGUCCCAUGGUCGUCGCUGGAGAAAUGGCCAUGAUGGCUCCUUCAGACCACCAACAUGUCGCUGUUAUUAUGGCUAUUCUCGACUUAUUCUCAAGCAUUGGCAGCGCCCUUGGAUCAACUAUUGCUGCCGCCAUCUGGACAGGUACAUUCAAAAAGAACCUGAUCAAAAAUCUUCCAGCCGAUGCCCCGGUCGACGCAAUCUUCAGCAGCAUCUACACCCAACUUGGAUACCCUGAAGGCACAGCAAUCCGACACGGGAUUUCCCUUGCCGAUACAACAAUGAACGUACAUACCUGUAUUCAUGCUGCUAGCGUCGGCACAAAGUCUCCCAUUGGUCUAUUGCAUCUGCCUACAUCUACCUACAUGUAUGCAGUGAUAAGUCGUAUCUUAGCUAUCUACCAUCUUCCGUUCAAGCCGCCAUUCUUUAUUCCCAUCACUCCAGCACUGUCGAUCCAGUACAUUACGAUGACAAACAAAUUUAUCAAUAAAGCGGCGAGAGAAGCAGUGAAAGAAGCGGUAAAAGCUUCACGCCGGAAUAUAAACCCGAGCAGCUCAAAAAGCGUUCAAAACACGACCGGAAUCACGAUUAAAACAUUCCGCGAGUCAGAUGAGACUACCUGGAGCUAUGGAUCAAAUCAUGUGGAUGGCGCUUCAAGGUUCAUCACUGUGAGCGGCCUUCUAGCACAUACAAAUGCCGAAUUCUCUCUUGUGGAAUGGCGGGACUUGGAUUGGCAUAAUGUCGACGGUCGACUUCCCAAAUAUAUCGCUCUAUCGCACACUUGGAGCUCUUCCCCGGAAGUCAUGCGACUUAGCAAGAUUGCAAAUCGACCUCUAGAUAUUGACAUCGGCGAGACGUCCCCAUCUACAAUCAGUUGGCAUGGCCUGCGUCAAGCAGCGCUUGCCGCUCGACAUUUGGAAUGUGACCUACUGUGGCUUGAUUUCAUCUGUAUUGAUCAAAACUCUCCAGACGACAAAAACCUCCAGGUUCCCAACAUGGGUAACAUAUACAAGAAUGCGACUGCAGUCAUAGUCAUGCCUGGUGGCGUUUCUGCAGCUCAAGAUUUCGAGAUUGAGACUGAAUGGGCAACUCGAGCUUGGACAGUUCAAGAAGCAGCUCUGUGUCCCAAGACAUAUGUGCUGGGCAUGGAUUAUGUGUGGUCACUCAUGCGAAAAGUUGAUGACUAUCGUUUUAAGGUGUGUACCUCGGGCGCCUACUCAACUUUUGACUACGUUGAGGAUAGUCUUGCAUUGGGAGAUCUACGAGGCAUGCUGGAGAAUAUCCAAGGUAGUGCUGAUGUUCAUAUCACCAACAUGAACACAGGCAAAGUUGUCCGAAAGGGGACGUGGGUGUUGAAAUGUCUCGGCGAUGGCGCAGUUGUUUGGGCUUUCGCAGCCCUUUUAUUGGCUACAACGCCCGCCAUGAGGCAAGUUGGUAUUUGGCGGAGUUUAUGGUUGCGAAAGUCAAAAUAUCCCCAGGAUACAGUGUAUAGCAUGAUGCAUUUGCUGGGUGUUCAAAUCGAGGUCGAUUACAACCGCAGUAGAGAAGACCUCAUUGCUGAGGUUGUGAGGAAGACAUCGACCUCAUUCCCGUCGUGGCUGGAUAUUAUGAAACACGACGCGCCCCGCGAACUUCGACAGAGGCUGUUUCCUACCAUCCCGACCUUUGAUGUCCAGCAAACCCCGAUAUUCACACUCGAAACGCAGCCCGUUGCUGUUGAAAAGUAUAUCUUGACUAUGACGUACAUGAAGUCAUUCAAUAUCAAGAUUCUGAUUCCUGCAGCUGCUUCUGCGGACAAUGGCGAUCUUGUGUGUACAGAAAUCUUUGAGAUUCAAAACAACCGAGCCAAUGAGCCCUUAGUUAUCAAUGGCUAUGGGGAAGCAUAUCACUGGAGUUUAUCAAACGCCGACUCAACUCACGUCAUGCUCAUAGGGGCCGAGGACUGCAUUUUUUUCUCCGAUGGGCGCUUUCAACACCUAGCCGCAUAUGAAAUUGGGAAAUCCAAGAGUGGCGCCUGGGAAUGUUUCCCAAGAGAUGGUGGUGUGCCUGAAGAUUUUGUGGGCAAAACAAGAAGAAGUCAUUUGCUGAUAGGGGGAUCUCCGGGAUCAAAAAUAACCGAGUGUGAUUGCGCCGAUGGUGAUUGA